AUGAAUCCUUCAUUCUUCUUGACUACCUUUUACUUAGGAAUAGCUUCAGCUGCUCCAAAACUUGAUGGGAGUUUAGAUGCGCAAUGGAACCAGUGGAAGGCGACACACAGAAAACUAUAUGACUUGAACGAAGGAUGGAGGAGAGCAGUGUGGGAGAAGAACAUGAAAGUGAUCGACCUGCACAACCGGGAGUACAACCUGGGGAAGCAGGGCUUCACCAUGGCGAUGAAUGCCUUUGGGGACAUGACCAACGAAGAAUUCAGGCAGGUGAUGAAUGGCCUUCAAUACCAGAAGCACAAGAAAAGGAAAGUGUUCCGGGAACCUCUCCUUGCCGACAUGCCCCCAACUGUGGACUGGAGGGAGGAAGGCUAUGUAACUCCUGUGAAGAAUCAGGGUCACUGCGGUUCUUGUUGGGCUUUUAGUGCAACUGGUGCCCUUGAAGGACAGAUGUUCCGGAAAACUGGCAAACUUAUUUCACUGAGUGAGCAGAACCUUGUGGACUGCUCUCAGGCUCAAGGCAAUAUGGGCUGCCGUGGUGGCCUAAUGGAUAAUGCCUUCCGGUACGUUCAGUCCAACGGAGGCCUGGACUCAGAGGAAUCCUACCCAUAUCAGGCAAUGGUUGGAUCCUGUAAAUACAGGCCUGAGGAUUCUGUUGCCAAUGACACUGGCUUCGUGGACAUCCCUCAGCAAGAGAUGUCCCUCAUGAAGGCAGUGGCAACUGUCGGGCCCAUCUCUGUUGCUGUAGAUGCAAGCCACAUUAGCUUCCAGUUCUAUGAAGAUGGCAUUUAUUAUGAUCCACACUGCAGCAGCGAAAACCUAGAUCAUGGUGUCCUGGUGGUUGGCUAUGGCUUUGAAGGAGAAUUGAAUAAUAAAUAUUGGAUUGUCAAGAACAGUUGGGGUAGAGCUUGGGGCAGGAAUGGCUACAUAAAGAUGGCCAAAGACCGGGACAACCACUGUGGAAUCGCUACGGCGGCCAGCUAUCCUACUGUGUGAGGUGACGGUGAGAAAGACAGACUUGAUUGAGAGCAGGAUAUCCAGAAGAGGAAUUUUAUCUUAAAACUGACCACGUUUUACAUAAUGGGAUAAAAUACUUGAACCUUGAAGAUCCAAGUUGUGAUUUGACUUCUGUGAUGUUUUACACUGGUAAAGCGUUACCACUUCUUUAAUUACUGCUGUAAACAGCUUGUAUGAUUGAUUUGCUUAAUAACAAUGUUUUAUAGGUAUGUAUAAAGUUUUACCUUUUAAAAUAAAACUUAAUUGU